UUCUGCUGCUGCUGUUUCUUCCUAGCUAGUAUCCUCUUGAAUCACGGGUGCGCUCACGAAGAGAAAGAACGACAAAGGGGAGAGGAUGAAACGCGUAUAUAUGAACGUCAACGUUGCAGAGUGUUGCUUGCUGGUGUUCUUGCCGUCAUUAUCUUACGGAAUGGUUUUGGUCAACUAUAUUUUGGCCGCGCUCGCAUUUGUUGCUAGGCUGCUGCUGCUGGCGUCCCCGCAGCCGCUUCCACAGAAGAAGACACUGCCGCUGUGCCAUUUCCUCAUACAACGAGCGCGGCCAGAAUCGAUCCAAUCAAGAACAAGUGUUAGACUUUCUCCAGACCCACUUUUCGUGAUUGUCCAAAACAUCUGCUCGCCUUGUCGAGUGUACAUACGAGAGGGCACCUGCACAGCGGCCGAGCUGAAUCACCUCCGCGGAGGGGGCCCCUUCGAUACUGGAUCCGUCGUACUGAGUACAGCGUCCUCAGAUUCUCGCUAUGACGUGCCUGGCGACCUGGACCAUGUAUAAUAGACCCGCGCCAGCUUGCAAUAAACACCUCCGCAGGCCGCCCAC